AUUUGUAUGAACUGAAACUCAUUCUGUACGAUAGAUUCAUUCGAUAACCAGAAAACUCAAUGCUUGAUCCUUCAAUUGAUUUUUAAUCAGCACUAUGAAUUUCUUCAAAUCCAUUCUGUCAGAGGAUUCAGAUUCUCCAAACCCAAAGCGCGAAAACCCCCAUGUCCCGGAAUCCGAAUCCCCACUGCAGAGGAAUAAGGAUCCGGAUGAUGUCGGUCAGGAUCCAGUUCACACAGACCCGCCACCCAAAAGCCCGUCUGAUUCAUCCGGUGAUGGUGGCGGUGGGUGGAGUUUUGGGGGUCUGAUCAAGACUUUUGCGACCCAAUCCGAAUCGGUGCUGGAGACAUACAGGCGGGAUCUUAGGGAAUUCGGAUCGGGUCUUAGGAAGGAGUCAGAGGUCAUCCGAGAAGUCGCCACCCGCGCUGUGAAGGAACUCCCGGCAUCGCUCGAGUCUGGUGCGUCGGCUGCUCAAGGUUCGCUGGAAUCCGUUGGACAGGUCCUUGAUGGGGUCCUCAAAUCGACUGCCGAUAUAAUUUCACAAGGGAAAGAAAGCCCUGGCUCGGAUGGGGAGUCUGAAACUCCUGAGACUAAUAAGAGCUUGGGUUCCAGUCGGUACAGCCGGUUCGAUACCCAAUUGAAUGCAAUCCAGUCUGAUGCGAACACUUUCAGCAAAGAUCCAGAGGAUUUUGAGGAGUAUAAGAAGUGGAAAUCAGGGUUUAAAUUGGAGGAGAAGAGCAAUGAACUUGAGGGGCUAAUUGGAGAAAAUGAGGUUUUAGAGAGCCUUUACAAAAGGUUUGUUCCUAGUACUGUUGAUCACGAGACAUUUUGGUGUAGAUACUUCUACAAAGUGCAUAAGCUCAAGCAGCAAGAGAGCGUGAGGGCUAAUCUUGUGAAGCGGGCAAUUUCUGUUGAUGAUGAUGAGGAAUUAUCUUGGGAUGUUGACGAUGAUGAUGAGGAUAAUGGAUGGGAAGAAAAGAGUAAUGUAAAAGCAGAACAUAAAGAUGAAUCUAACAAUGAUGGCUCUGUUGAUAAGAAUCUUAGAUGUGCUGAGAAACAAGAAGGUUCUGGCAAUGUGUUGCAAAAUAAGGAGGAAGGAGAUUAUUCAAUUGUGGAUAAAGUUGACAAGAAUGAUGCAGUGGACUCGAGCAAGAAGAGUAUUAAGAAUAUUUCGUCUGAUGAGAAGGUGAAGUCUGAAGAAAUUAUUGAAGUGAAAAAUGAUGAGAAAGUGGAGUCUCAAAAAGUAGAUGAAGAGAAGAAUGAGGAGAAAGUGGAGUCUGAAAAAAUAGCUGAAGAAAAGAAUGACGAGAAAGUGGAGUCUAAAAAAAUAGCUGAAGAGAAGAAUGAUGAGAAAGCGAAGUCAAAUGAGAAGGUGGACAAGGAGGCAAUAAGUGAAAAGAACGACUCUAGUAAAGAAAGUGUGGUUUUUAGUCAUCAAUCUGCUGCAGAGGAGGAUUUGGACUGGGACGAGAUCGAGGAUAUUGAGAGCCAUGAUGAAAAGAAAGUUAGUACUACUCAUGGUGGGAGUCCGAACAGAGAUGAGUUGAAGAAUCGGUUGAGCAUUGCUGAAGAAGAUGAAGAUUUGAGUUGGGAUAUUGAGGAUGAUGAUGAACCUGUAAAGGCUUAAUGUUACGCCAAUAAGAAAACCUAGAUAAAUUUGUAUGAUAAAGAUGCUGAUCAUCUUUGUAAGGGCAUGAACUUAUUAAAGGUGAAUCCUGUGAAAGUUGCAAUUGGGAGCUAAAGAAGUUGACAUUGGUGAUGCGGCUUCUUACCCAGUAAAUAUAAAGAUUCAAAUGUAUUAACUGAUGCAAUUUGUUCCAUUCUUUUGCUUGUUUGUUCUUGUGGCAGCUUGUUUGAUAAGGGGGGGAGGGUUGCUCUCCCCUCUGUCAUUGUGUUUCUAUUGGAGAAGACAAAUUGUACUCAUAAUUUAACACCGUUACUCUUCUUUCUCUUA